AUGAAGGAGCUGAGAGCCCUGGUGAACAGUGAGGAGUUUAAUCAGCCCGACUUGAAGCUCUUGGCCAAGAUCGAGAAGCCUUCCGCAGUGGAUGAUCUUCAGAAGAUCUUGGAAGAGUGCGACGGUGUGAUGGUGGCCCGCGGUGACCUGGGAGUCGAGAUGAACCCCCAGGAUGUGCCUUUCGUGCAGAAGGAGAUCAUUGAAAGUGCCCGUAUCGUCGGGAAGCCUGUCAUCGUGGCGACACAGAUGUUGGAGACAAUGAUCACCAACCCGAUGCCAACACGCGCGGAGUGCAGUGAUAUUGCGAAUGCCAUUAUCGAUGGCUGCGAUGCCGUUAUGCUGAGUGGUGAGUCUGCCGUUGGCAAGUACCCAGCAGAGGCCGUGGCUAUGCAGCGCCGGGUCAUCGAGAGUGCGGAGUCGCGUAUUGAUUUCGCAAGCGUGAACUCGGGAAGGAUGGAAAAGCAGCACCUCACCGAGACGCAGAUCGCAACAGAAGCCGUUCUCAGUUCUGCAGCGACCCUAGCCAAGGACAUGAAUGCCUGUGGCAUGGUUGUCUUCAGUGCCACUGGAGAAUCGGUGCGGCUUCUGGCGCAGAGGCGACCAACGGUUCCGAUUCUUGCGAUAUGCCGAUGCCUGGAAGUGGCUCGGCAGGUCGCUCUUAUGCACGGCGUCUAUGCCAUCUUUGACCACGAGGUUGCGAAAUUCUCGUCAGAGGCGAGCAGGCCAGAGAACUUUGACAAAGUCCGCUUCGCUACAGGUGUGGAGAUUGGUUGUCGGAUUGCUCGCGAGCUUGCCUUGCCCAAGAGCGAGGAAGACUGGCUGGUCGUGGUUGCGCGUCUGCCACUCUUCUCGCAGGGCUGCUUGAAUGCCAGUCGUCUCAUCCAAGCUGGCGGACCGAAGAAAAUGGACGGGUAUGGCUCCCAGAACAUCCCGUCCGAGGAUGAUGAGGAUGAGCUCGGUGACUAG